AUGGAGUGGGGAGAUUUAGCAAAUGGUGGAAAGCUGCUAGAUCUGAAUGUAGAAUGCGUAGUAAAAGGAGUUGGCGGUGAUUGUGAUCUUAAAAGAAGUUUCGGAGGUUUAGAUGAUAGAAAACUUGAACUAUCACUUAGCCCACCAGGUGAAUAUGAUGAGGAAGAUAAAGCAGCCAAGGUUUAUGAUUUAGCUGCAUUGAAGUAUUAUGGUCCUACAACUCAAACAAAUUUCCCGUUAUCCAUUUAUGAGAAAGAACUCAAUGAAAUGAAGAACAUGAAGAAGGAAGAAUAUGUAGCCACAUUAAAAAGAAAAAGUAGUGGCUUUUCAAAUGGUGCAUCAAUGUACAGAGGAGUGAGUAGGUCUGGAAAAAGAUGGCAAGCUCAAAUUAGAGUCCCAAACAAAUACUUGUGUCUUGGAACUUUCAAUACACAAGAGGAAGCAGCCAAGGCAUAUGAUAUCACAGCGAUAAAACGCCGAGGUGCAAGUGCAGUGACAAAUUUUCCUGUUAGUAACUAUGAUGUUGAACAUAUAUGUUCAAGUUUGACGCUAAUUGCUGGUGAUAUUGCAAAACGUCCAUUGCCUCAAAAAUCUUCGUCGUCUACUGCCGCCGUCGAAAACGAGCCAGUUGCGGCCAAACAAGGGCAAGCAAAAAAGGAAGGCGAAAAGAAAUUUAAGAGGAAACAUGACUUUCCUUCUCCUAAGACUUUGGGACCUCGUCGAAAAUAUGGUCAAAAUUUGAAUGCUUCCCACCGAAGGGCCACGGGGAGUAAAGCCACAGGGAUCAGCAUCAACGACCCACCACCUCAAGCGGAGCAACCAACACAUGAAGAAUCUGUUUCUGAUACACCUACUGAACAAGAAUAUGGUGAUACAAAAGUUUCCUAA